AUGUUCAGUCAAGGACGACCCCGAAUACUUGAUCAUCGACGACAAGCCUUAAUUUUAAAACUACAACAAAAUGGUGAUAAAGAAAAUAAAAAUAGUUCAAUUCAUUUAUCCUCUGCUAUUACUUUAUCAACGACUAUAACAGAAGCAAUGUCAAAGUCACGAUUAGAAAUUCUUCCAUCAACAUGGACAAAAUCUCAUCUAUUAUGGUUGAGUAUGAUACAUAAAACAAAUAAUCAUGUCUACAAAUGUCAACCAUUAUUUCUUGAUCAACAUCCAGCAUUACAAGCAAAAAUUCGUAGUGUUCUACUUGAUUGGCUAAUGGAGGUUUCGGAAGUUUAUCAUCUCCAUCGUGAAACAUAUCAUCUUGCCAUUGAUUAUAUUGAUCGAUACUUAUCAAAUGUUAAAAAUGUACCAAAACACAAAUUACAAUUACUUGGCACUACAGCAUUGUUUGCUGCUGCUAAAAUCGAAGAAAUUUAUCCACCACGAAUUGCUGAUUUUGCCUAUGUAACAGAUCAAGCUUGUAGUGAAGAUGAUAUAUUAGAUUUUGAAAUUGAUUUAAUGAAGGCGUUAAAUUGGUUUAUUUCACCUAUGACAGCAAUUAGUUGGCUAUCAACAUAUUUACAGUUGGAAUGUGAAUUAUAUUCAAAUCAGCAUAAAUAUCAUCGUUUUAAUGAUGAACAAUGUCAUAAAAAACGUCGUAUAUCAAUAUCGACACCAUUGUCUUCUUCACAUCAUUUAUCAGUGCAAUCAUCAGCAAUGUCCACCACAUUAUUCACUGACGAGAUCAAUGUAUUAAAAACAUAUACAACAUCUGAUAUCACUCAUACAGGUUAUUAUCAAUCAACAUUUCUACAAGUUGCAAGAUUGAUAGAUUUGUGUACAUUGGAUGUUGAAUAUUCACAAUUUCCGAAAAAUAUAAUUGCUUGUUCAGCAUUAUUAACAUGUAAACAUGACUGGCCAUAUGAAAAAGUAACAUCGUUAACUGAAGCUGAAAUAUCUUGCUGUAUGGAUUGGAUGAGACCAUUUUACAAAGUAUUAUAUGAUGAGCCAAUAUUAAUACCAUCUCGACCAAGUAGUAUUCCAACAGAAGAAGAAUACACAAUUCAAAUACAUAAUAUAUCUGUCAAACUUUUAGAAGAUGUUCAUGUUAUUCAACAAACGAUGCCUGUAACAACAGUAGCAUAUUCAACUCGUUUAUUUGCACCAUUUCAAAGUAUUGGUAAUUUGUUUCCAACACCGCCACAAUCAAGCGAAAAACAACGUUUAGAUCAUACACAACAGCAAAUUGAAAUUGAAACUAAUAGCGACGGUGAUGAUGUUUGA